AUGAUCGGCCAGAAGACGCUCUACUCCUUUUUCUCCCCGAACCCCGCCAGGAAGCGAAGUGCCUGCAGCCCCGAGCCGGCCGACCCGGGGACCGGCGUGGCGGCCGUAGCUCAGAGCGGGGAUGUGGCGGCCAGCCCCGCCAAGAAGCCCCGGGCCGGGCCGGAGGAGCCCGGCACGCCGCCCUCGUCGCCGCUGAGCCCGGAGCAGUUGAUCCGCAUCCAGAGGAACAAGGCGGCCGCGCUGCUCAGACUCGCGGCGCGUAACGUGCCAGUGGGUUUUGGUGAGAGUUGGAAGAAACACCUCAGCGGGGAGUUCGGGAAGCCAUACUUCAUAAAGCUUAUGGGAUUUGUUGCAGAAGAAAGAAAACAUUACCCUGUUUACCCUCCCCCUCAUCAAGUCUUCACGUGGACCCAGAUGUGUGACAUAAGAGACGUGAAGGUUGUCAUCUUGGGACAGGAUCCAUAUCACGGACCCAAUCAAGCUCAUGGGCUCUGCUUCAGUGUUCAGAGACCCGUGCCGCCCCCGCCCAGUUUGGAAAACAUUUAUAAAGAGCUGUCUACAGACAUAGAUGGUUUUGUUCACCCUGGUCAUGGAGAUUUAUCCGGAUGGGCCAAACAAGGUGUCCUGCUGCUCAACGCCGUCCUCACGGUCCGGGCGCACCAGGCCAACUCUCAUAGAGAGAGAGGUUGGGAGCAGUUCACGGAUGCCGUUGUGUCAUGGCUCAACCAGAACGCCCACGGCCUUGUCUUCUUGCUCUGGGGCUCUUAUGCUCAGAAGAAGGGCAGUGCCAUUGAUAGGAAGCGGCACCACGUGCUGCAGACCGCGCACCCCUCACCGCUGUCCGUGUACAGGGGCUUCUUCGGAUGCAGGCAUUUCUCUAAAACCAACGAGCUGCUUCAGAAGUCUGGCAAAGAGCCCAUCAACUGGAAGGACCUGUGACCUUGUGACCUGGAUCCUGGGGGUGACAUUGACCCUGGAGAUUGGGGUCUCUGAGCAGUUUUCUAAACGCUGUGAAAUAGAAGUAUUGGUCGUUUAUGAAGUCAAAGUAAGAAGAAAAUCUCCCUCGUGAUUCUCAAGCACCCUGCACAAGGGAACAUGUUUCAAGUGGAGCAGCCAUGAGCCAGGCUCCCUGGGGGUGGCGGCUUUAUUCAGCUAGAGAGAACUGGACCACACCAGCUGUGGCUCAGGCUUCCCGGGAGGGACCUGAGGUCAAGUGCGGACUCUUCCUCUUUGUUAGCGCCUUCGUAGUUAGAGCAGGGAGAGAAGCCCCUUCUGUUACAGCCAGCUGCUGCUUGUUUUUACUGAUAGGUUAGACUUUAGAUGUGGGAUGCUGACUGUGUUUAUUUGGAAAGGCCCCCUUUGCCUGCCCUGGCAUUUCAGUCUGAUCUGCGGUCUUUCUUGGAGCCCUCAGGAAGACUGAGCAUGUAUUGUCAGUUCCUAGAAAUUAGGGAUUGAUUUCCUGCCUAUAGUAGAGGUGAAAUUGCUAAGGGACCAUCCUUGGUGUGAACUUUCAGUGAAUAGAAGCUGGGAAAAGCAAAUCUGGUCUUAUUUAUAUAGUAAUUCUUCAGGUGUUUCUAAGGAGUAAGCUAUGGAAGUUGAACAUGAAGCAGAAAGCAUUGUUUUAAGAGGAAAGAAAUGCUUUCUUCCUGGGUACAUCCUGAGUUGGCGUUUUUGAGUCACCAGAGACUGCCAAUGCUGUUCCUUCAUUUAGAGGGGUGGGAGUUGGACUGAAAUCACUUUAGGAUUUUUCUUUUCUGCGACACUGGUGAAUUUUGCUUUUUUAAAAGAUACGCAGAUAUGUAUAUAUAUUUUUAAUCCUCUUUUAAGAGACAGCCUUUAUUAGAUGUGCACCUCCAUCCCCAGAUGACAUUUGCUAUAAGCUGGGUUUAAAGGGUUAACCCAGCUGGGUUUAGAGCUGCCUGAGUUUGAUAAUAAAAGACUGUUGAAGUUUCA